AUUGCAAAAUACGGCAUUAUGUUGUCUUAACUUAUCAUAUAGAGAGUUGAAAGCAUUAAGAAAUCCGCGUGUUUAAAUUCUCAAAGUUGUCUUUGUCGUUUGGAAUGGCCGUCCACGGCUUGAUAUGUCUUAUUUUAUUAAUAGGAUGUAUACAUUGUUAUGAUGAUUGGCUGCAAAUACGCUUUAAAUAUUUUUAUUUGGACGUCUCUAACUCAUCAGCUGCAGUGACUACCACGUCAGAGAGAACUCGAUGUUAUACCGACAGAUCCAUGGGAUUACCUGACAAUGUAAUAGGCAUUCCAUGUAAUCAAACGGCAAGAUACGUCAUUAUAGAAACAACAUACGACACGCCUGAAGAUGAUCCGGAAAAAGGUGCCAUCUUGGAAAUUUGUGAAAUACAAGUUUAUGGAUGUGAGAUUGGAAAGUAUGGUGAUGGAUGUCGAAAUUGCAUUGGAUGUCAAACGUGUGACGUCUUCAGCGGUCUAUGCACGACGAUGCCUUGCAGUGCUGACUGUGUGGGGGAUGUAUGUGAAUCCACGACUGGAAACUGUACAAACGGAUGUACUUACGGAUACUGGGGAAACAGGUGUACAUCAACCUGUCCACAAAACUGUCAGGGUGGAAGUUGUGAUAGGACCAGUGGUUACUGUAACGGUUGCAGUGAUAACUAUUGGGGACAAAAUUGUAGUACGAUAUGCCCUCAAAACUGUAACGGAGGUGUUUGUGAUCAAAGCAAUGAAUAUUGUAGUAAGGGCUGCACACAAGGACGAUACGGGGAUAAAUGUGAAUAUACAUGUAAUGAAAAAUGCUCGGACAACACUUGUUUUCAGAACAGUGGAGUAUGUACGAACGGAUGCGCUGAUUUUUAUUAUGGGUAUAGAUGUGAAUACGAAUGCAGUGCUCAUUGUAAUCCCGGACGAUGUGACAGAUAUAACGGUACAUGCAGUGGAUGUAGCAGCGGUUAUUUUGGUUCGUCUUGCCGAGACACGUGUAGCGUAAACUGUGCUGAGGGAACGUGUGAUCAACAGACGGGAAAAUGUCACGGAGGAUGUAAACCAAGCUGGGCUGAGGACCAGUGUGACAGUGAGUUGAGAUUUAUUAGAGUAAUUGGUAUCCAGUUCUUUAUAUUAUUGGAGAGAAAAAAUGUUUCACUGUCGGAAGUUUGGUUUAAAGUGAGACUCACCAAGCGAAUAUGGACAAAGAGAGAUACCCGUAUUAGAAAACAACACCUCCCCGUCAAAAUCGAUUUCGGGAGUGAUACUCUGAAGACAAAGCACUGCACAUCCGAAAAUGUGCAACCCUCUACCACUGAAUGUGACAUCAGUAUGAUCAUCAUCAACAUUGUACUGUCUGUUGUCAUUGUUCUCACAGGAAGUGCCGUAAACUUCCUGUUGUGGAGGAGAAACCAGUCUGCAGUGACUAACACAGCACAGAGAACUCGAUGUUAUACCGACAGAUCCACGGGAUUACCUGACAAUAUAAAAGACAUUCCAUGUAAUCAAACGGCAAGAUACGUCAUUGUAGAAACAACAUACGAUGCUCCUGAAGAUGACCCUGUGAAAGGGGCCGUCUUGGAAAUUUGUGAAAUACAAGUGAUUUUUUUUUCUUUCAAAGGAUGUGAUUCAGCACAUUAUGGACUUAAUUGUUCUCAGCAGUGUGAUGUUAAUUGCAAGGACCGUGUUUGCAACUCUAAUGGAUUCUGCACUUUGGGAUGUAAAAGUGGAUUUUAUGGAAAUACUUGUAAAAAUGCUUGUCCAUCGUGUCCCUCGGGAUGCAACAGAAACUCCGGCGAUUGUGAGGGAACAUGUCCAAAUGACCGAUAUGGAAAACAGUGUAAUUUACCAUGUAGUCCGGGUUGUACAGGUGGAUGUAAUAGAGACACUGGUGCGUGUGAUCGCGGCUGUGUCGUCGGUAAAUUUGGAUCCAACUGUAGUGAAAACUGUAACACUGGAUGUAUUGCCGACUGUGAUCAGAAUGACGGACGUUGUGAAUGCAAAACUGGAUGGCAAGGGGAUAAAUGUGAUGAUUGCAGGUCAGAUUAUCAUGGUCACUUAUGUGAACAACGAUGUAGCUCACAUUGUGUAAAUGGAAUCUGCUUUUCAAACAACGGGACGUGCGUGGGUGGUAGUGCUGGGAAAUUCAGUAAUGACAAGUGUACUCAAGCAUUCGCAGCAUGA